AUGGUCCCAGGAACAGCUUCCCUCAAGUCGAUGCGAGAAGUCCAACGUCAACGCUCCUUGGGGCUGCAUGCUCAAGCGCGUUACCGACACGGUACCAGUAGCAGUCUCGGCCAUCCCACGCCGUCGUCGUCCUCCUCGGGCUCGGACGGCGUACACGGCCCGCCUGCUGCUAGUACGAGUCGACGCUCGGUUCAUGGCGGUCUUCAUCAUGGGAACAAGUCGUCGAAUGAAUACAGCGUCAGAGGGAACGCGAGAACCCAAGCGGCGUUGCAGGAAGAACUCUUGAUCGCGCACGGUCACGUUCCGACUGGCAGCUCGAUGAUGUCGUCGGCGUCGGCGCCAAGUCGGGGCGGCACGAACACCGAAGUCGACGCCGGCAGCAGUGACGAGGAUCAAGCCGCGGCGACGAGACGAAGGACGAGUCUUCGCUUGGAUCAACUCAUGGUUCAUAAACCCCCUCGACUCGGUCAGUUCAUGUUUCUUCAUACUACCCGGCACUAUCAUCACAUGGCCGAUAGCUCCCAGUGGGCAAUCGCGUGCAGUGGCGGGUAAUCGGCGGCGGGUGACGCGCGCCUCGUCCCUCCGAUGUUUAUCGCUUCCGUUAUCAGCAGCCCGCGCGAUUGUGUGCGCGCGCGGGGCGAGGAGCCUCCUCAAAUUCGACUGUAGAUCAACCCGACCUGGGAACUGACACCCGAACGCGCCUCACCUCCCUCACUAGAUCUAACCCACGACUACGAAGUGAUCACACCCCACGCGCGAGUCAUCACAUUACCCGACGACACUUCCUCCCCUUCCACCUCGGCACUUUCGUUCGGCAAUCAUCAUACUGGUCGCCCCUCUUCGUUCCUCCACCCGCCACGACAGGGUUCCGACACGGGUAGUUCGUCAGCUUCGGAAGAGGACGAUGAUUGGGAAUUGUUGGGGAUGGAUGAGGUUGCGGUGGGUCCUACGGUAGCACCUCAAGUUAGGACUUGGGCUUCGAUCGUUUCGAGGGUUUGA